AUGCCUCUUCCUCGCAGGAAGUGUAAGUCUCCCUACCGGCCCUCACUGAAGAGGAGGGAGAGCCAGGAGACUGAGAGCUUGAAGAAGAGCAGCAGCUCGCGUCGAGCCCACUCGCUCCGUCCCCUCAAGACUUCCCUGGUCGGGAAGCGGAAGAAGCCGGUCAGCUCCAAGGGAUCGAGCACGCGAGGAAGCCUGAGGAGCACGAGAAGUGCCGGUGCUGUGAGGAGAUCAUCAGGCAGGACUCCGGAGAAGUCGCGACCUGUGGCCAACAAGAAAGUUUCGAAGACGAAGCAAGCAAAGAAGGAGAAAGUGAAAGAGGAGAAAUCUGAGGAGGAGGAGGAGGAGGAGGAGGAGGAGGAGGAUGAAGGAGACGGUGAGGAGGAGGGGGAGGAGGAGGAGGAGGAGGAGGAGGAGCAGGCAAAGCCCAAAAAAGCUUUCUUUAGCGACUUGCCUGUGGAUUCCAAGAGACGAAAGAAACAGGAAGCUGAAGACAAAUUCUUCGCCCAAAGGUUGCAAGCACAGAUCAAAUCAGCAGGCAAAGGUGAAAGAGGGGCUCAGGGUCACAGCAAGGAGAAGGGGAAGGGGAAGGAGAAGGAGAAGGAAGAGGAAGAAAAGAAAGAGGUCGGGGCGGAGGAGCAAGACAACGAAGGAGAGAAGGAAGGGGAGCAGAAACAGGGAGGCAAGGAAGAGGAGGGGGGAAAGGGGACGGAAGAGCAGGAGAGCUCAAAAGAGGAGGCGACUCCUAAAGGAGCUACGGAUCAGAACGGGAAAAAGGCAACAAGCAGCGAGCCUGACGUCGGCACUGUCAAUCAGUCCAACGGCCUCAAGCCUAGUGGGAGCAACAAUGAAGCGAACAAGAAUGAGGGGAGUAACGAGGAUGAUUCUCAUCCCCCUGCUUCUUCGGGUCAACCCUCAAGCACUCCCGCGGCCCCGCUGCAGGGACAACCGACAGUAGUGCCCCCAGCAAAGCCGAAGAGAAAAAGAAAACCCAAAGCCAAGAACAUCUAUCAGAACACUUUCUACUUCACUCACACGGCCGGAGUCUUCCAUGCGGCGAAUCCCAAGGAUCAAUGGGUCACUGGUGGAAGUCAAAAUUACCCCAAGAAUUUCAAUCAGGCCAUCACCGAUGGGUCGAGCUCGAGGUUCACCAUGAUCGAAGACUCUUCCCGCCCCAAGGCCUCGGACACCUGGGAUGGCUCGCUCGCUCUCACCGUCCCAGGAGAUCAGCAUGUUCCUGCUUACGCCCCCAUCAAGUGGGGCAGCAAGGCGGCAAAGCAGCUCGCGGCCGACUUGGAGCAGGGAGGCAGGCAACCCCUGCUCGAUCAGCACGCAUGGAAUUCGGUCCCCUCCGCCGCCAGCACCUCGACGACCAACCACUUGGAAGGAUCGAGCACUGUCAGGAAGGCUCCCUCCCUCCAGUCCAGCUCUUCCUCAGCUGUCGAGACCAGCGCAGUUCAUCCCAUCUCGGUGGCAUACAACAACCUGGCGGCGCACAAGGCCAUGCAGCUGAACGCGCAGCCCAUUUCCCUGCUCGGCGCCGCCGCUGUCAACAACUUCUUUGCCAACCCGACGAACGUGGGACAGCAGCAGCAGCAGCAGCAGCUCAUGGAGAACUACCUCCUCGCCUGCCAGAGCCGAUCCAACUUUCCCGCCUUGAGUGCAAACGGCCUUGGAAACGUCUCGAGCUCGUAUCUUGGAUCUGCAGGCCUGGCAAGCGCUGGCUGGGGUACACCUGGGGAUGUACUAGGGAAGUCGUCGAGCGACAAGAGCAGCCAAGGCCAGAGGUCCUCGGCGAGCAUCACCAUCCUCCCAGAGGGCAACGGCGUGCAGAAUUCCCAGCUCAGCUCGGGCCAGCAGGCUUCCAGCAUAUCCAGCUCGCUGUUGAACCAGAGCAGCAGCCUACCCACGGUCUUGCAGCCCAAGGCCUCAAAGCCGAGGAAGGGAAGGCAGGCAUCUUCUACCGCCUUGCCGAGCUCUGCCGAGUUCUCCUCGCAGCUCCUGGAGUCCAACAGCAACUCGUGGGCUGCUGCCCUUGGGGGUCAGAGCCAGUUCAACACUGUGCAGGGUACGGUCAUUUCAAACUCAAACCGCUCCCAGGCGAUCUACGCUGAGAUGUGGAAGGCUCAUCACCCGAUGCACGUGCCUGUCGCCAUGGCGACGAACGCUACGUUCGUAGGGCUCACGAGAGUUCCCACAGGGAGCUCGAGCAGCAGCGGGCUGACGUCGGGGCCCCGUCCAACCUCAGCUGCCGUUCCAGCUGAAGUUGUCCACGACACCGAGAGCGAUACCGAGAGCGACUAGUAAGACUGUUGAGUGCUCGACCUCUCCGAUCGUUCGCCUGUAGAUGAUGGUGCAGUACUUGAAGGGAUUAUAGUUGAAGGAGGGGAGAGGGGGAAAGAGGAGGCGGGUAGAAAUUGUUCGUCGGUGAGUACGGUUGAGUUAAAUCUGGUAGCGAAUACGUAAGGGUUAGUACAGGAACCUUAACUGUCACCGGAUGUCAAGAAUUUAUGAAGG